GCCAUCGUUCUGCCUUCUCCUGAUCUCCGGUGCUCGCUCUCUCUCCUCAUUUCAUUUCCCCUCGCCGCCCCCUGCGACGGACGCGAGAACUAAGGGUCUCCGAAUGGCGAUUUCGGGGCGUCUCAAAUCCAGCUUCUCUGUCUUCCACCAGAUCCUCAGGGCCGAAUCCGCCCGCCCCCUUCGAUCCGUCGGCGAUCGAGGCUUCGGAAACCCUACCAUCACCACCUCCCAGUGUUUGAGGAAUUUUGCGACUCAGCCAAAGUCAAGCGAAGCUAACGUUAAGGUGCCACUAUCAUUGUUUGGGGGUUCAGGAAACUAUGCAUCUGCUCUGUUUAUUGCAGCCUCCAAAGCAAAUAUGCUGGAGAAGGUUGAAUCUGAGAUUCUGGACAUUGUCGAGGCUUCCAAGAAGAGCCCUCUGUUUUCACAGUUCAUCAAGGAUUUGUCAGUUCCUAGGGAGACUAGGGUAAAGGCUGUAAAAGAACUAUUUUCUGAAGCUGGUUUUUCGGAUGUUACGAAGAAUUUCUUGGCUGUCUUGGCUGAUAAUGGGAGACUUAGACACAUAGAGCGUAUUUCUAAGAGAUUCUCUGAAUUGGCAAUGGCACAGAGGGGUGAAGUGAAUGUUAUCGUCACAACUGUUAUUCCACUUCCUGCUGAAGAGGAAAAAGAACUGAAGCAAACAUUGCAAGACAUUCUUGGACAAGGCAAAACUGUGAAGGUUGAACAAAAGAUUGAUCCCAGCAUUCUUGGAGGAUUGGUUGUUGAAUUUGGGCAGAAGCUAUUUGACAUGUCGAUCAAGACAAGGGCAAAACAAAUGGAGAAGUUCUUAAGGGAACCACUUGAUUUUAAAAGCUUAGAGUAACCAAAAGAUUGGCAGCAACUAGCAGGACCACUUACUGGUAGACCAUUCGCUGCAAUUACUACUUUGUCUCUCUGGUUGGAAUAAAAUUUUGAGAGAAGGGCACUCUUAUUGUCUUCUAGGGCACAGCCCUAUAUAAAUCUUUCCCCCCCUUUUUUUUUAUUGCUUGGGUCUUCAAUGUUUAGCUUUGAGAAACUUAUCCGGAGCUACCAAUAUAAGUUUUUUAAGUGAAUGGAUGUAUUGAACUUUUAUUUUUAUUUGUCAACCAGUUUGUGGUAUGA